CUUACACUUCAGCUUCCUCCUUUUGCAAUGGGGAUGAUAGUAUUUCUCUCCUAAGGAUUGUUUUGAGGAUUAAACCCAACAUUUGUAAAGUGUGAAGAGUCCUGCUUGGAACACAGUGACCACACAGGACACGGUGGCCACUGUAACUCACUUCCCACUGUCAUGAUCACCAAACUCCCAGGAGGCCAGUAUUCAGAGAGAUGUCUUUUCAGAUUCUGCUGAGAAAAUAAUUUGGUUUUUCCUCUUCAGCCAUCAAAAUAAAUGCUGACUGCAAUAAAUUCAAGUGGAACCUGGCAGAGGAGGGAGCAGAAGAGGUAAUAAGUCAUCACUUGGAGGAGAGCCACCCCCCGAGAUCCUCUGUACUGGACUUUAUGUGGGUUGUGUGGUUGGGUCUCACCCGAUAAAGGAGUUUGCUGGGGUGUGUCAGAGAUAUGAACAUGGCCUUCUCCAUAGUGAUCAUUCUGGAAAGAGAUUUCCACACCUUAAUAUAAAGGGUAGAAACUGCAUCAGACAGCCUCAUUUGCUCCAGCACCUUCAUCCCUUUAGGCAAAAUGAAAAUCUUUGUGUUACUUCCGGUGGUGCUGGCCAUCUUUGGGAUACAAUCUCAUGGAUAUGAGGUUUAUAACAUCAUCAGCCAAGUCAACAACGGUGGCAGUGUUCAGGAGACAGUGACAAUUGACAGUGAAAAAGAAACCGCCACUAUCAACAUCCACGCAGGAUCGUGCUCCUCUACCACAAUUUUUGACUAUAAACAUGGCUACAUUGCAUCCAGGUUGCUCUCCCGAAGAGCCUGCUACAUCCUGAAGAUGAACCGUCAAACCACCCCUUCUCUGGACCAGCUCAAACAGUCCAUCUAUGAGACGAAGGCUCUGAACAACAUAUUUUCCAACAAAUACAUCUGGGUCAAGUACAACCCUCUGCAGUCUCUGAUCACUCACAUGGACUGGUUCCUGUUCGGGUCACCCAUUAAGCAGCUCUGCAAAGACGUGCCCUUGUAUAAGGGGGAAGUGGCUGGAGAGAUACUGAAUAAUGUCGGUGCUGGAUCCUGUGCAAAGGCUGGGCUCCUGGGCAUCUUUGGCAUUUCUAUCUGCGCAGACAUUCACAUUUAAGGCCUCAGCCCACUGGUUUCGUCCCUUCAAAGAACUACACCCUUGGUUUCUACUCAGCAGCCAAAUUAAAUUCUCUCUCAAUGGUCUAACUAAUUUUGAGAUUACAUGGUAAAACAUAAAUACUGUAUUUACAGA